CGGAGAGGGCGCUAGGGAAGCAGACGGCGAUUGGGCGCCGCCGCGGCUGUGCGUGUGCCACUGACGGAGCGCGCGGCUAGCGUGGGAGUGGUGGGCAGAAUCACCACCGACAGCGGGCAGCGAACACACACAGUCGCGCGUCCGCCCCGCUACCGAACAGAACAGCGUCAGUGAUAUCGUCGUCUCUCCGGCAUAGCAGGUCGGGAUAGCAGUGUCUCGUGUACGGAGCGCGUGUUAUAGCCAUAGCGAUCCGAUCCGGAAGCAGUGAGUGCCUGCGACUACGGCCGUCCACUGCACGACGUUGCGAGCACACUACGCGAUCAGAGAGAAGCGGUCAACUUAUCAGUUCGAAUACGUUGCUUCGACGACCCGUCGUUGCUGUGGAAUUUGAUAAGACUUUAGACAGCAGACGUAGCGUCUCCGAUAAGCUCAUAGCCUGUUGCUGUGCGAUUGAUAAAACCCGCAGCAGACGUAAACGACUGCUAACUGCCUAUAGGUUGUUACCGCGGGUGUGUGAAAACUCUGAGUCACCAGCAGACGUAAAGAUCCCGACAGCACGUGUGAGUGUGGGAUUUGGCGGGAGGUUGAUUAUAAUAUAAUAAUAUAGAGAGAUAUUAGAGAGAGAUAUAGAGAGCGGUAUGGCGACUCACACGAUAGGCACGUACGCGAUAUUUGUCGGCAUUCUACUGCUGACGGACAGACGUGCAGACGCACAGCUACUCUCCGGCGACAAGGACUUGCCCUUGACAGCUGAAUGUCAGCUGGAUUGCUCGCGGGCGAGGCAGCGGCCGAUAUGUGGCAGUGAUGGCAGAACCUAUGCAUCUCUGUGUGAUAUACACAGAAAACGCUGCGAAGGUGACGCAGUGGAGAUGGCUCACAAAGGAAAAUGCGAGGAUAGUUCCCGGUGUUUCUUCGAAAGAGUGCACGCACAAAAGAUGGCCAGGCAACCGAAGCUGGGAGUAUUCAUUCCGGAUUGUAAAACGGACGGAACCUACGCGGAGGUACAAUGCCACAGUGCCACCGGAUACUGCUGGUGCGUUACGCCGGAAGGAAAACCGGUGCCCGGAACUUCCGUGCAGUACAGGAAACCCGUUUGCGGUGAAUCAUCGACACAGAGACGGGGAAUUGAGAAGAACGACGGCGAAGAGGAAGAGGAAGUAGAAGGCGCAGUAGCAGGAGAUACGGGAGGAGUAAACCUCGGCAGAGAGGAGUACUUAGACAUCGACGUGUCGGGUGAAUUGCCGGCCGGCCGCCUACGAGCGUCAGACACUACCACUCCGACGCACGUGACAGACGGUGCAGCCGCGAACAAAAAACGACAGAAAGGUUGUAGUCAGACGGAGAGGGGAACAUUCAACAACAACCUCAUUCGGGCAUUCGCUGACGACUACAGCCGGGUUCCUCAGCACCAACUUUCGGCAAGGUCGUUCUUCGCGCUGGAUCAGGAGUCGAUCGACACGAAGAAGACGGUCAUCGGCUGGAAGUUCAUCGAACUCGAUCAGAACAAGAACGGCGAGCUGAGCCGCAAGGAGGUUCGGAACCUGCAGAAGCUCGUAAAGAAGUACGUGAAGCCGAGGCCGUGCGCGAGGAACUUCGUCAAGUACUGCGACCUCGAUCAGGACAACAAGAUCGCCAAGUCUGAGUGGUCGCUGUGCCUCGGCGUGGACACGACAAAUGAUAUGAAUGGACCUACACUGUGGAACCGACAGACGAGCAGCAAAGUUAGUAAUAAAAAUCCCAAGAGUAAGAAAAGAAAGGCAAGAAAGCAGAAAAUCAAAGAGAAUGCGUCGCCCACGGGAGACGCAAGCGCUAUCGCUAACUGUCAGGAGGAGAGGAACAAUGCGCUGGACCAUCAGGCACGUGAUCCAGAAGGCGGAGUGUUCGUGCCAAUGUGUGCAGACGACGAAGACACGGCUCUGUUUCAGGAAGCGCAAUGCCACGCGUCUACAGGGUAUUGCUGGUGCGUGGACCCAAACACUGGUCGGCCGAUCCCAGGGACAUCUACACAGCAUCAGACACCAGAUUGCGAGGCGGUCAAGUUGGAAAAGGAUGACAAAAAUGUCGGCGGAAGGCUAGACUGGAAAGGAUGCAAGAACGACAAAAAGAAGCGAAAAUUCGUAGAAGAGCUCAUUGGAGAGAUCAAGAAAUCGAUGGCAGAGGAAAAUAACAACAGCAGUACCAGCUUACAGAGGAUCGAACCGAAUCAGAUUGACAGGGACUCGGCUAUCAAAUGGAAAUUUAUGAAGUUAGACACCAACGUCAACCACAUUUUAGAAAGAAAGGAAUGGAAAAUCUUUAAGAAUGAAAUUCGAGAGAACCGCAAUUUGGGGAAAUGUGGCCGCAACUUUCUGAGGUAUUGCGAUGGCAGCAAAGAUAGGAGGAUUUCAUAUGAAGAACUCAAAGGGUGCACAAGCGAGAGAGAACUAAGACGGAGGAAAAAUGGCAAGAGACGAAGAGGGCCAAAUCCUUUUCAUAAAUAUCUCCACAGCAAAUAAGCGACCACGAAAUGGUCACAUAAUCUCUGUAAAUACGUCACAUGGUGUUUGUAAAUUUUUUUAAAGCUUUGCACAGCAUUUUAUGAAAAAUGGCAUCCGUCAAAUACAACUGCCAACAGAUAAACAUGUAUUUACCAAGGUGAAAAAAACGGGAAAUUCCCCCCCCCCGUUUUUUAUGACAAUUUAUGGAGACUUUCAGCAACAUUUCUAAAUUCUGCGCGUACGGUAUGUUCCAGAUUCUCGUUCGACCGCCCUGGGCCAUAAAAUUCGGACAUAAUCUUGUUACGUAGUCUCUGUACCUACAGCAUUCGCGUUGUCUAGGUGUCGUGUAAUCUAGUUGUCUGAAUUCUGUGUGAUAGAACUGUUUGUAAAAACUUGAACUUGCAAAACUUGCAGCGAAAAACGUCGAAAAUGAAAUACUACCCUAACUGCUAAAAAAAUGCUAUCGUGAGUUUCACCGACUGAAAUGCAACGUGAAUUGCAAUUUACAUGCAUUGCAUGAGCUACAUGUGUCUCGAACCCAAGUAUGAAAGGUGCUAAUGAUACACUUGUCCAAACUUGUGCUUUCUAUAUAUAAUCAGGCUCAUAUAGUUCCAGCGAAUUAGUGCAAAUUAUUUUACACCUUUGCUUAUUGCCAACCUCUUAUUCCACUAGCACUAUGCAUGUUAAAAAAUGAGAGUGGGUGGUACCUAAGAAAUCCUAAUAUUUUAGCAUGAAAUCAGUUGUAUAUAAAAUCUGUCUGAUAUCUAAAUAUACCAAAAUUCAACUUAAUAUAUUUUCUGGCAAUUCACAACUUUGCAUCCAAUGUCUUUAAACUCAAAAUACACAAAACAAUGAUUUAUGUGCCUGUAUGCAUGAGCCUUUAUAUGCUAAAAUGAAGUUGCUGUCAACCUGUUAUUGUUUAUAUAUAAUAUAUAUCUUAGGUAUGAGUGUAAAAUAAAGCUAUUAAAUGUACUAGUACAUAUCUAAAA